AUGGAUCGCACCGUGGUGCUCAUCACCGGCUGCUCCUCCGGCAUCGGCCUUCACCUGGCCCUGCGUCUGGCCUCUGACCCGUCCCAGAGUUUCAAAGUGUAUGCCACCCUGAGGGACCUGAAGGCUCAGGGCCCACUGUGGGAAGCAGCCCGGGCCCGGGGAUGCCCUCCUGGCUCCCUGGAGACACUGCAGCUGGAUGUGAGGGACUCCGAUUCUGUGGCUGCUGCCCGGGCACAAGUGACAGAGGGCCGUGUGGACGUGCUGGUGUGUAACGCAGGAAGGGGCCUGCUUGGGCCGCUGGAGGCACACGUAGCUGCUUCGGUGGGCUCCGUGCUGGACGUGAAUGUGACAGGAACAGUGCGGACUCUUCAGGCCUUCCUGCCGGACAUGAAGCGGCGCCGCUCCGGGCGCGUGUUGGUGACUGGGAGCGUGGGAGGUUUGAUGGGGCUGCCCUUCAAUGCUGUGUACUGUGCCAGCAAGUUUGCACUCGAAGGUUUAUGCGAGAGUCUGGCGGUUCUGCUGCCAUCUUUUGGGAUCCACUUGAGCCUCAUCGAAUGCGGCCCGGUGCACACCGCCUUCCAGGAAAAGUUGGAGGGCGGCCCGGGUGGGUCGCUGCACGGCGCGGACGCCAAGACCCGCGACCUUUUCUCGCGCUACCAAAGCCACUGUCAGCAAGUCUUCCGCGACGCGGCGCAGGACCCGGAGGAAGUGACGGAGGUCUUCCUCACCGCCUUGCGCGACCCGCAGCCCGCUCUGCGCUACUUUAGUACGGAGCACUUCCUGCCCCUGGUGCGCUUGCGCCUCGGCGACCCCAGCGGCUGCAGCUACGUGGCCGCUAUGCGGCGCGAGGUGUUCAAAGAAGAGUCUGCGGAGAACCCCGAUGGCAGUCCAGCUCAGCCAGAGAGGCCUAUUUUCCCAUCUGCGAAAUGGGAGCUUCGGCAACUGUUGGUGGCCUUCCACGCGAGGAUCCUCGCACUCGGAGAGAACAAGGCGGGCUUCGGGGACGCCAAGCCCUGGCUCACGCGCAACCGACAACGAUUUACCCAUCGCCUCAUCUUGGGAACUCAGCUCCUCCCCAUCGAGCCAGAGCCCGAGCCCGGAGGCAUCAGUGAGUAG